AGCCCUGUUCAUUUACUCUAUCAUCUAGUCCAGCCCUGGUGGUGCAGUGGUUAAGCAUUUGGCUGCUAAUCGAGAGGUCGGCAGUUGUAAUCCACCAGCCGUCUACUCUGUCUUACAGGGUCUCUAUGAGUCGGAAUCGGCUUGAUGGCAAUGAGUUUUAUCAUCUAGUCAUAUCUGGUCUUCUAACCGGUGUCCUUAUUUCCACUUUUGUGCCCUUAAAAUCCAUUCUCCACACAUCCACUCUUACCACUUUUCUAUAGCUCUCUAUUAGUGGGCCUAUUGGAGUUUUCUUUCUCUGACAUUUCAGCCUUACACAGGGUCCAACUUUCACAGCUUUUACUGUAUAUACUGAACAGUAACUAUUACCUAUCAUGAUGCUAAACACUUUACAAGCAUUAUCUCAUUUAAUCCUUACACUGAUCUUCCAAGGUAGACAGUAUCUCCAUUUUUGAAAAAUAAAUUAGUUCACAGACAAUAAGUAACUUGCUUAAGCUCAUCCACUUAGCUGGAGCUCGAUCCAAAGACUUUAUUUUGGUAGUAUUUUCACUACAAGCCCAUUUUAAAUCAUUUAAAAUCAAAAUCCUAUGUUACCACCCACGACGUUAAUAGGUGAUGGUCUAAGAAGGCUUUUACGAAGAUCAUGCUGGUAAGGGGAAGCAAAAAAUCCAUUCCCCCACCGAGAUCUGGGAUGGGAGGCCUUGGGUGAUUCUUGAGAGUCGAGUGAAGUAAUGAUAACUGAAAAGAUUUAAGUUUGAACUCUAUCAAACGUGGAACGGAUUUUGGGAAGGACGAGGCGGCGCAUGCGCGGCCCCAGGCUCGCGGCACGGGCUCCGCCCCUCGCCCACUAUAAUCCCAGAAUCCCUCUGUGUCGCACCAGAACGGCCGGAUCGUUCCGAAACUGCGGAGGCCGGGCGCGGGGGCGUCAAGAUGGCGGCGGCAGCGGUGGCCGCGGCGGCAGCGGCGGCUGCGGCUGCAUCCCUUCAGGUGCUGGAGAUGGAAAGCAUGGAGACGGCCGCCGCCGGCUCAACGGGACUAGCAGCCGAAGUCAGAGGCAGCGGCACGGUGGACUUCGGGCCUGGGCCUGGAAUAUCUGCAAUGGAGGCCAGCGGGGGAGAUCCCGGCCCCGAGGCCGAGGACUUCGAGUGCAGCUCUCACUGCUCGGAGUUGUCCUGGAGGCAGAACGAGCAGCGGCGCCAGGGACUCUUCUGCGACAUUACCUUGUGCUUCGGCGGUGCCGGAGGUCGCGAGUUCCGGGCCCACCGCUCGGUGCUGGCCGCCGCCACCGAGUACUUCACGCCCCUACUCUCCGGCCAGUUUUCCGAGUCCCGCUCGGGCCGGGUGGAGAUGCGCAAGUGGAGCUCCGAGCCCGGGCCCGAGCCCGACACUGUAGAAGCCGUUAUCGAGUACAUGUACACUGGGAGGAUCCGCGUCAGCACGGGCAGUGUGCACGAGGUGCUAGAGUUAGCCGACAGGUUUUUAUUAAUUCGUUUAAAAGAAUUUUGUGGAGAAUUUCUCAAGAAAAAACUUCAUCUCUCUAAUUGUGUGGCCAUUCAUAGCUUAGCUCAUAUGUACACCCUGAGCCAACUUGCUCUGAAAGCUGCUGAUAUGAUACGAAGAAACUUCCACAAAGUAAUUCAGGAUGAAGAAUUUUAUACUUUACCUUUCCAUCUCAUUCGAGACUGGCUUUCAGACUUGGAAAUUACGGUUGAUUCUGAAGAGGUUCUCUUUGAAACAGUUUUAAAGUGGGUUCAGAGAAAUGCUGAGGAGAGAGAGAGAUACUUUGAAGAACUCUUUAAAUUGCUCAGAUUGUCCCAGAUGAAACCUACUUACCUUACUCGGCAUGUCAAACCAGAGAGGCUGGUGGCCAAUAAUGAAGUUUGCGUCAAGCUGGUGGCAGAUGCAGUGGAGAGGCAUGCUCUGAGAGCUGAGAACAUACAAUCUGGAACAUUCCAGCACCCCGCUUCUCAUGUCUCUUUAUUACCUCGCUACGGGCAAAACAUGGACGUGAUCAUGGUUAUUGGAGGCGUGUCAGAAGGGGGGGACUAUUUAAGUGAAUGUGUGGGAUAUUUUGUUGAUGAGGACAGAUGGGUAAACCUGCCUCAUAUUCAUAAUCACCUUGAUGGACAUGCGGUUGCAGUAACAGAAUCCUACGUAUAUGUUGCUGGAUCAAUGGAACCAGGGUUUGCUAAAACUGUGGAAAAGUAUAACCCAAAUUUGAAUACGUGGGAACAUGUUUGUAGUCUGAUGACAAGAAAGCAUUCUUUUGGGCUAACAGAAGUUAAAGGGAAGCUCUAUAGCAUUGGAGGGCAUGGCAACUUCAGUCCUGGCUUUAAAGAUGUGACUGUUUAUAAUCCUGAGCUUGAUAAAUGGCACAACUUGGAAUCGGCACCAAAGAUUCUUCGAGAUGUCAAAGCACUUGCCAUUGAAGACCGGUUUGUGUACAUUGCUGCCCGCACUCCUGUGGAUCGUGACACCGAAGACGGGUUAAAGGCUGUAAUUACUUGUUACGAUACAGAGACUCGACAGUGGCAAGAUGUGGAAUCUUUGCCACUUAUUGACAAUUACUGCUUUUUCCAAAUGUCCGUGGUUAAUUCAAACUUCUACCAGACAGCGUCGUGCUGUCCUAAGAGUUACUCUUUAGAAAAUGAAGAGGCAGUACGAAAAAUUGCCAGCCAAGUUUCUGAUGAGAUCCUUGAAAGUUUACCUCCAGAAGUCCUGAGCAUUGAAGGAGCAGCCAUUUGCUAUUACAAAGAUGACGUUUUCAUUAUUGGAGGUUGGAAAAACAGUGAUGAUAUUGACAAACAGUAUCGGAAAGAAGCCUACCGAUAUUGUGCUGAGAGAAAGAGGUGGAUGCUUCUUCCUCCCAUGCCACAGCCUCGUUGUAGAGCCACUGCUUGCCACGUGAGAAUCCCGUACCGGUACUUGCAUGGCACACAGCGAUACCCUAUGCCUCAAAACUUAAUGUGGCAGAAGGACCGGAUCAGACAGAUGCAAGAAAUCCAUCGGCAUGCCCUAAACAUGCGGCGAGUGCCAAGCUCUCAGAUUGAAUGCUAGGUUCUCUUCAUGAGGCUGAAGCUAUCCAAACAGUUACUAGAAAAAGUAUGUUGAUAACUUAUUUUCUACCUGAACUGAUUACAGUAUUACCCCAUGUAAAGGAAAAGUAGUUAAAAACUGAAGAAUGGGAAAUUCAGUUCCAUACUUGGCAACUUUUGUUAGCUUGCAGUCUUUUUCUGUCCUUGGUUUGUAUGUAUGUACUAGCUAAAUAAGAUCUUAUUAAAGACAAGUGGAAAAAUCAGGUGCAGUUACUCGGCUGUUUUUGGCCAACAAGUUAUAACUCCUUUUGUCUUAGGGACUUAUAUUUUGAACAUGCUUUAAGCAUCAAUUUUAUUUGCACAUUUACUUUGAUUUUCCUCUUCAUUUUUUCCUGAGUGGUUGAUUCUGACAAGAUGAGAAUUUAUGCAUUAAGCCCUCUUCUCCAGAAGGCAUGUGCAGUAGUGACACUGAAAUUUGAAGGAAAAAGCACAAAUUUUCAGCAAGAUGGUUUCAGAAUGUUUGUGUUGAUGUUUUGUUGUGUUUGUCUAGAAAUACUGUUGUGUUUAUUUCUAGAAGAGAUGACUGAUGAAAAACUUGUGAUUGAGUCAUGCAUUUUUUGAAUAUUUUUUAUUUCUUUGGCAAAAGCGUUGCAGACUUCAAGUCAUCAACCCGAGAUGAUGGUAGUUGGCAAAAGUUGCCAUAUUUUGUACACAAAUAAUGCACACCUUGUACAUUUGUUUGCCAACUGCUGUGUCCUGUCCCCCUGCCAGGUGUUUUAAGUGCACCAUGCUAGUUCUUUUUUACAGCAACAUGGAAGAAAAAAAUUGGCAUAGGGGCGCUUACAAAAAUACCUCGCGGGCAGAGGGAGCAAUUGACAAACAAACAUAGAAGGUGCUCAUUAUUUGCGUAAAAUACGGUACUGAUCUUUAACUGAUUGAACAGAGGAAGUUACAUAUGUGAAAUUUGUUUCUAUAGGAAGAAAAGUAGCAUUAGUGUAAACUGGGAAAUCAAAAGCAUUUAAAAAUUUUUAAACUCUUCAGAAGUUGCAGGCUUAUUUGAGGAUAAGUUAAUGAGUGUAAAUAAUGCUUAUGACAAUCGCUACUCAAUGCCUUCAACUUUAAUUUUUGUUCUAAUGCAUUGUGUAUAGAAUCCUCUUGCCUUUCUUAAAGAAACUUUCUUCAGAAUGGAUAGGAAGUAACAAUUUAGAGAAAUGUUAAAGAGAAGCUUCUUUAUAUCUUGGCCCUGAUUGUGAUAAUAAUUUAUCCGGUUGCCCUAGACUUUUAUUGGAACUUCGUCUGAGCUCAGAAUACUGAACUUGGUUGCAUAAUUCUGACUCUUAAAAAUUUAUCACUGCAGUUAUGUUUCAUGUAUGUUUAUGCCUUCUUCUGAUUCUCUUAGACACUCCUGAGUUUGAUACACAUCAGCACUCAGGUCGACUCCUUUCCAGUUCACAGAGAAAGGACUUGGCUUUUCCUUGAGCAGGAAGAGAGCCUGCUCUGAUGGUUUGCAGUGUGGGUCCAGUGAAGUUUUUCUUGUUUUUUACAGAAUGUCUUUAGCUUCUUAGACAUUCUAGUAUACUACUCUAUAGAAGUUCAAUUCCAAGUGCAGUGAUUUUUUUUUUUUUCUAGUCCGUUAUAGUCAAAGCCAACUUUCUUAGUAGUUGUUGGAGAAAAAAGCACAACUAGAAAUUUUGACUCUGUAUUUGCUACAAGACCACUAAUGUUUUAUCCCCUGGGCCCUAUACUAAGAACCUUUCUGAAAUUUCUGAAUUAGUAUCCCUGCCUAAGACAAGGCUUUUCAAUAAAUAUGUUGGAAAUAUGCUUUAAAACCAUUUAGUUUAGACUGGGGGGAAAGCUGCAAGUCUGCUCCUAGAUGAGGCUUUGUUAUUCUACCCCACCACCUCUCCUUGUUUUUUCGAUUUCCAUUUAUUUGUAGUUAUUUUAAUAAAAGUCAUCUGGAUUCUGAUAAGUGCUAAUUCAGCUUUUUGUUAGUUGUGAGAAGCAUGUACCAGUAAGAAAAACUCAUUGAAGAAGUUCUCAUUUCCUUCUUUUAGACACAUAACAAACUUAUCUUUGAUUGUAUUGAAAUAACUUAGUCGCUCCCUAGGAUGCCAGUUUCUUUCCAGAAGGGUAUGAUGUAAGCAUAUUUUUUGGUCUCAGAGACAGUCAUUACCAAGUUAUUUGUAGAGUUUUCUCUCUUGUUUUCACACGAUGUGGCAGAGAUUAUAACUCAUAAGAUUUAGGUAUAAUCUGAUUUUGAAACCUUGAUUGAAACUGUUGUUUUUUAACUCAGCAGGCAGCCUAGGCCAUGGCUGAAAAGAAGGGGUAAGUCCUUCAUUGCAUGAUGAUGUGUGCAGGUUUUCCUGACUACUGAAUUCCUAAUUGUCACAUUUGAAUUCACAUGUGUGAUUUCACAUCAAUAACUUGUGUUUCUGAGAUAUCCUAACUAACUUGUUAAUACAAAAAGAAACCAGAUUGCUUAAAUCUGUUCAAGGCUGCCAUUCUGAAAUUCUGAAUUGUAAAUAACUUCCCAGAUUGUUUGGGAAGGUUCUAAUUAUGAUAACCAAGACCUAAGAUGGCUCUUUGAGAGAGAAAUUUCCUUUUUGAUGAAAACAUAAAGAUUUUGGUAAUCUGAAUAGUCAAAAACGUGGCUUUAAAAAUACAGCUUAACGUGUAUUCACACAAACUUUAUUUUGUUGCCUUUAUUUUUGUUUUGUGGAAGAGGGAGGAAUUGAUUAUACCAAAAAGUAAUAACUGUAUAUAACUUUGAAUGAGACCACUUAUAUCUUAGAAUGGGUAUCCUUUAACUAUACCUACCCCACCAUGUUUAAAAAACAAAACAAAACAAUGGUAUAUGUUGAGAAUGUCAGUCAUGAGCUUAGUGUUUAAGUAAUGCAUCUCACUUGCAGUUGUUUGCAUGAUUAGUCUUGUGUAUUUUGAUAUUCAACUUUGCUUUUGCUGUGUCAGUUGAAAAAUAAUUGUUUUGCUAAAUAAUCUUAAAAGUUAUUGACAUCAGUUUUUUGAUCACCUGGUUUUGUAUAGUAUUUCUGGGACCAAAAAAAAAAUUAAAAUAUUGUCCCUUUUUAUAUAGAACAGAAUUGUUUGAAGCUGAAAAGAUAGUGUAUACGGAAGAUUUGUGUGUGUGUUUUUUUUUUUCAAACCUUUAGGCUGCUGGUAAAGCAGCUUCUAGGACACACUUUUCCCCCUUUAUGUUUCUCUCUCGACUAAAUAGUGUAGCGUGUGAUAUGUUUGAAAUACUUCAUUCUCUGCUUCACAGUUCUAAUAUCAAGACUAUACUGUAGGUAGGAGUGAGCUGAGUUGUACAUUUUAAUUACUUGGUCUAAUCUAAAGGGACUUUUUGUACUUUCCUUAAAUUAUGCUUACAUAAAAGGAUACGUUGACUGUAUUUCAUGUCUUCGAAAAUAUACAGAAUUGUGAAGCAAGUUUUCUGCUUACACUAGUAAAAUAAGGUGCUUACAGGUUGCCGUUUAACCGUAGAAUAUUUGAGAAACAAUUCACCUUUUUUUUUUGGCUUGACAGACAUUUUACCACUCCAGUUUACUUUCGUGAGGAAAAGGUCUGUUUUUGUUGCAGUGCUUACCUUAUAUGUUCUGGUCACUGGAAACAAAACAGCUCAUAGUUGAGUCAUGUGAUAUGGUAACAUAAUAUAAUAGGCAUUUUGCUUCAAGGAAUUUAAUUAGAUAGCCAGAUUCCUGCUUUUUGUUGAUUACCUUUGCGGGCUUCUGUCUUACUCUAUAUGAUCAUUACUACCAGUGUCUUACAUUGAAGCACAUACAAUAGAGCACUUGUUAACUUAACCCUCCUACAUAACGCACUCGUGAAAAGUAGUGCUUGCUAGCUGUCCAAAGGUCUUAUGAUCCAUGUGCUAGGACUCAUUGAGCUAUUUGUAAAAUAAAUAUUUUGUUUGAGUUGCUACAGUGAGUUCUUUGGGCUAGCAGUAUCCAGGCUUCUUCUACUCUACUGAAAGUAUAAUCUUGGCUGCCUCCCUGAAGUCAGAGGAGAUGUAAUAUUUAGGACACUUUGAGAUGUUACAUUGUAAAAUAGCUUGUUUUACAUUCCUGAAGCUAUCUUGUUCUAUGUUAAAGCUACUAAUCGUUUCAAUGUAAGUUUUAAAUAAACAUAUUUCUUUAGA